AUCGCAAUUCCAGAACUCAUCACCUCAACAGUGAUACCAUUGAGAUCCGACACGGUCCUGUUGUCUUCUUGCUAUCCAGCCCUUUGGGAUGAAAAGAACAUCAUCAUCUUCCAGAUAUGUCUCAUGGUGGCCUUGUAUUUCCUUCCUAUUGCUAUGAUGGCCUUCAGUUAUAUCCAUAUUUCGUUAGUUUUAUGGAGAGGAAGCAUUUCAGAAUCGGAAUCAAUUGAGCUAAGGGCAAGAAAACCAAUGAUUGGAAGAAGUAUCCGAGUUCAUGAAAAUGUCGGGCAGACAGAAAGCAGACGGAAAGCUGUUCGGAUGUUGGUGGCAGUUGUUAUUGUAUUUGCCCUGUGUUUUCUUCCGAAUCAUACCCUAAAUAUACUACGAUAUACAGGACAGCUCCAAAAAGUGCCUAACAAACGCGUGAUUGCAUUGUUUGCCCACUGGGCAACAUUCUUCAAUAGCUGCGUUAAUCCAGUCAUCUAUAAUUUUAUGAGCGAGACAUUCAGAAAAGCAUUUAAAGAAGUGCUGCUUCGAUCUUGUUUUCGAUGUCGUAAAUUGCAAAGGCAAUUUCAAAGAACAAGCUCAUACCGCAUGACAUUCUCGGGAACAAGAAGUGGAGUAGGUGUUAGAUUUAGCAACAACAACAGUUGAAAAGCAUGAUAUGAUACUCAAAAUUGGAUAAAUUUGUUUUAUGACAUUCAACCUAUUUUGUUCUGUUUCUUAUUGCAAGACAUAACACAAUUACAAAUUGCCUGUAUCUUUCUUUGGUAUAAAUCAAUAUUAUAUAUCAAUAGACUUUGCAAAUGAAUGAAUUAGGGACUACCAUGGCCGUCGCGAUACACUUAACAUGUGUUUUUGAAAGUGUCUUGCAGUUUUAUUGCAUUAGUUCAAAUAAAGCGUUAUCUUAAAAGUAUAAAAGUUGUUGCUAUAUGAGCAGCAUAUUCAGGGUCCCCAGCAGUGGUUUGAAAUAAAGACAGAUAAAAAUUAAGUACUAUAUUGAUAAGUGUCACUAAUCAGUAUAUUAAUGUAAUAACUACAUUUUUCUAUAAGUUUUAAUUCCUCGUAUUGCUGUAUCAUUUUGUAAAAGUAUAUAAAAAAGUUUUGUUUGCAAAAUUUAAUAAGUAAAACGAUCUCAAUAAAUAUUGGAACAAUUAUUUAGUUUCUUAAAGCAUUGCAAUUUUCAUGCCAUUUUAUGAGUACAAUAUCAUUCAGUAUAAAAUUUAAUAUGAUUUGACUAGCCAAUCAAUUAUUGUUUUGACAAAAUAAACAACGACAAAAACAGUUUUUAUUUGCGGUUAUGGUUUAAUCACAUAUUCAGCAACUUCGCAGUUACAGUGUACGUAACUAGGAAUUCCUACGGAAUUUAUUUUUAACACUUAAUUUGCUUGACCUAGUUUUAUUGGUAUAUAUUGUAUAUACAUAUUAAUAUGUAUAAUUAAUACUAAUAAAGUAUUAAAAUGCAUAUACGUGUGAUGUAUGUAUAAAUUA